AUGAGACAGACAAAUCAGACCCAGGUGACAGAAUUCUUCCUUCUGGGGCUCUCUGACAACCCACACACCCAAAAGCUACUAUUCAUCUUAUUCCUGGGUGUAUACCUCGUCACUGUGGUUGGAAAUCUGCUUCUCAUAUCCCUUGUUCAGGUUGACUCCCUGCUUCACACACCCAUGUAUUUCUUUCUCUGCAAUUUAUCUCUGGCUGACCUCUGUUUCUCUACCAAUAUUGUUCCUCAGGCCCUAGUCCACCUGCUGUCCAGAAAGAAAAUCAUUUCAUUCACACGUUGUGCAGCUCAGCUGAUACUCUUCCUCAUUUUUGGGUGUACACAGUGUGCCCUUUUGGCAGUGAUGUCUUAUGAUCGGUAUGUGGCCAUCUGUAAUCCUUUGCAUUACCCCAGCAUCAUGACUUGGAGGGUGUGUGUCCAGCUGGCUGUGGGAUCAUGGACCAGCGGCAUUAUGGUGUCUGUGGUGGACACCACCUUCACACUAAGGCUACCCUACAGAGGCAGCAAUAGUAUUGCGCAUUUCUUUUGUGAGGCACCUGCACUGUUGAUCUUGGCAUCCACAGACACCCGGCCUUCAGAGAUGGCCAUUUUCCUCAUGGGGGUUGUGAUUCUCCUCAUACCUGUUUCCCUAAUCCUUGUAUCCUAUGGCCACAUCAUAGUGACUGUGGUCAGGAUGAAGUCAGCUGUGGGGCGACUCAAAGCAUUCUCUACCUGUGGCUCCCACCUCAUGGUGGUCAUUCUUUUUUAUGGGUCAGCAAUUGUCACCUACAUGACACCAAAGUCCUCCAAGGAACAGGAAAAGCUGGUGUCUGUGUUCUACACAAUGGUGACCCCCAUGCUUAAUCCCCUCAUCUACAGCCUGAGGAACAAGGAUGUGAAGGGAGCUCUGAGGAAAGUGGCUGCAAGGAAUUUUCCAUGCAGGCUUGGAAUUUGCCACUGA